AUGAAUAUUAUAUUCCUAAAGGUUCUCAUGAAUUUGGGUUACAUAUUACAAAACAUGGAGAAAAUUAAGAUUGGAUCUAAACUAAUGGCAACACCUAAUGAAUGGAGUUUCAUGCAUCAUAGUACAAGGCAAAAUUGUGUCAAUUCAAUUGUUAAAGAUAUAAUUGUUGGUUAGAAUAAUCUUUAUGCUAAUGAUGAUUGUAAUGAUAAAUUUGGAAACGCGGUAAAAGUAAAAAUAGAAUUUAUUUUCAAAUGA